AUGGAGCACCUGCACAGAGCAAAGCAAGGUGAGAACAAGGGUCAUCAUUAUCUUGGAAAAGAAACACAGAAUGAAAUAAUUCAUCUUAUUGGAUCAAAUAUAACCAACAACAUUCUGUUGGUGAUGAAAUCUGCAAAAUAUUACAGUAUAAUUCUGGAUUGCACACCAGAUAUUUCAAAAGUUGCAGUUAUCGUACGUUUCGUCCAGGAGACAAGACUCGACGGGGUAUACGAUGUCCGAAUUCGGGAGCAUUUCCUGGGAUUUCUUCCAGUGCCCGAUUCUUCAAGCUCCACUUUGACGCAGGUUGUACUCAAGUUCUUGGAAGAUAAAAAAACCCUAUUGUGUAAUAUCAGAGGGCAAGGAUACGACAAUGGAGCUAACAUGAAAGGGAAGAAGUCUGAUCUCCAGAAAAGAAUUUCAGAUAUGAACAAGAGAGCAUUUUAUGUACCAUGUAGCAGUCACUCAUUGAAUCUUGUUGUAAACGAUGCUGCUAUGUCUUCUAAAUAUGCUGUUCUCAUGUUUUCAACAAGCUUGUAUGACUUCUUCUCGUCCUCCGUACGACGUUGGAAUGUUUUGAAGAAGUAUCUGCCUAACCUGUCGCUGAAGCCACUGAGCGAUAGAAGGUGGGAAAGUCGCAUCGAUGCACUUACUCCCCUGAGGUUCCAAAUUGGAGCCAUUUAUGAUGCACUGGUUCAGAUAUCAGAAGAAUUCGAUGAUUCCAAAGAAUUGGCUACAGAAUUAGAGCUAGAAGAUCUAACGUUACCAUGUGUAAGCAUUUCCCGGCGACGAAGUAAGAAGCCAAUACACUUUACCUAUGAAGGAAGGGAUGAGACAAUAGAUGACCCAGCAAAACGUUACAAGAUUGAAUUCUACUAUUAUCUUUUAGAUAUAGUAACCACAUGUUUGGAUGAGAGAUUCAAUGAACUGAAAUAUCAUUGUGAUUAUUUUGAUUCUCUCUACGACACCAGUGACCUGAAGAAUGCUGCACCUCCUGACAGCCUGGACACAAAGUGUAGAAACCUCGCAGCGAUUUUGCAAGAUCAUGAGUCAAGCGACAUUGAUGCACUGGAGUUGAGGGAGGAACUAAAGGUGCUUUCAACAUCGUUGAAACCUGGAAUAGGUCCAAAAGAGACUCUGAAGCCUAUAGGAGGACAUAGGUUUUGCCCUAAUGUUAACGUUGCUCUGAGAAUUCUCUUAACACUCCCAGUGACAGUUGCGAGUGUAGAGACGGGUUUCUCAAAACUGGAAUAA